UCCGCCGGCUCGAAACGCUCGGCCCCUCUCGGCUCGACUCGUCACGACUAGGCAAAAUGUUUACGUCACUGCUCGCCGUGCUGAGUGUCCUCCAUGCGGGCCGCGCCGCCGGCCAAGGCGGCGGCGGCAUGUUUGGGGAUGUCAAUAUCUCAGCGAUCCUUGACUCGCUGAGUGUCAGCUACGACAAGAGAGUACGACCUAACUAUGGAGGACCACCUGUGGACGUGGGCGUCACCAUGUAUGUGCUGUCCAUCAGUUCCUUAUCUGAAGUGAAAAUGGAUUUUACAUUGGACUUUUACUUUCGACAAUUUUGGACGGAUCCGAGGCUCGCUUAUAAGAAAAGGCCCGGGGUUGAAACUUUGUCCGUCGGAUCGGAAUUCAUAAGAAAUAUAUGGGUGCCCGACACGUUUUUCGUCAACGAGAAGCAAUCUUACUUUCACAUCGCCACGACCAGUAACGAAUUUAUUCGCAUUCAUCACUCCGGAUCUAUAACACGAAGUAUCAGAUUGACUAUAACCGCAUCAUGUCCCAUGGAUUUGCAGUAUUUUCCAAUGGACCGCCAGUUGUGCAAUAUCGAGAUUGAAUCCUUUGGCUACACCAUGCGGGACAUCAGAUAUAAAUGGAACGAGGGACCAAAUUCUGUAGGAGUAUCCAGUGAGGUGUCCCUACCGCAGUUUAAAGUGCUCGGCCACAGGCAACGGGCGAUGGAAAUUUCACUUACAACAGGAAAUUAUUCGCGGUUGGCUUGUGAAAUCCAGUUCGUACGUUCGAUGGGCUACUAUCUGAUCCAGAUUUACAUUCCCUCGGGUUUGAUUGUCAUUAUAUCUUGGGUCUCGUUUUGGUUGAACCGUAACGCCACCCCUGCUCGGGUGUCACUCGGUGUGACCACAGUGUUGACCAUGACUACCCUAAUGUCAUCCACUAAUGCCGCUUUGCCCAAGAUUUCGUACGUCAAGUCCAUCGACGUUUACCUGGGAACCUGCUUCGUAAUGGUGUUCGCCAGUCUACUAGAGUACGCAACCGUCGGUUACAUGGCCAAGAGAAUUCAAAUGAGGAAGCAACGGUUUACAGCUGUUCAGAAAAUGGCUGCGGAGAAAAAGAUAAAUAUUGAGCCACCCCCGGUACCAGUUGGGCCUGAACCGUUACCUCCACCGCGGACUGCAGGAAUCACAAGGCCUACUCCUCCAAGCCGAUCUUCGUCUUACAAUACUCACACACAGGAAGUACGGUUCAAGGUCCAUCACGGUCACGAUCCCAAGCCUUUUACGAAGGUUGGGACAUUGGAGAAUACCAUCAAUGGCGCCCGAAGUGGACCCUCGACUGCACCACCUCCAGCCCCAGAUCCUGACACUACUGCGGAGUUACCACCACAUCUGAUCCAAGCUAAGGGCAUCAACAAAUUGCUGGGCACGACGCCUUCGGACAUCGACAAAUACUCGCGCAUCGUGUUCCCUGUCUGCUUCGUUUGCUUCAACCUGAUGUACUGGAUCAUAUACCUUCAUGUCUCCGAUGUUGUCGCCGAUGAUCUCGUGCUACUAGGAGAAGAGAACUAAGCAGACAACGACAACGACGACAUUCAAGCCUACCAUUGUAUAGGAUCGGCUGUAGCAUCAACAGCUAAAGCCGUUCCUACAUUUAU